AUGGGGAUUGAGGAGGGGCAGACAAUUAAUGCUUUCCCCAGUGAGGAAGGGAGAGGAAGAGCCUCUCAGACUGGGAAGCCUUUACUGGCCUUGGCGGGGUGGAAAGCGGAGAGCCGGAGGGAGAGCGAGCGGGAGAGCCGGGGCAGGGCCUGCGGCGGCCGGCGGGGGCGCUGCGGAGCUGCAGGAAGGGGCGGGGCGCAGCUGCUGCCUGGCUCGCCGCCCGAGGUGCACUCAGCCGGUCGGCCGCGCCCUCGGCUUCCAGGCUCGCCGGAGGAGGCCCCCCAGCUGCAGCCCGCUAGCGGGCCUUUGGGCGUCCCGGUGCCCGACCCCGCGCCCCACUGUUUUCCAGGUGCUGGGACUGGGGAGGCGCCCUGCGCUCUAGGUGACUCCCACCCGUCUUCGGCCUCCCCCGGAGGUCUGCGCCGGCCGGGCCUGGGAGGUCGCGGGAGGGCCGCGGGGGAGGCCGAGAUUUCUUGUUUGGAGGCCUACAUAACUUUGCCAUCCGAGAGCUCAAGAUUUGCUGAUGAAACGGAGAUUUUGAAGAUGUCACAAAGGCACUCAGGUCAAGCUAGCACUGGAGCAGGAGAUGAGAUGGGCUCUCCUACUGUCAAUUUAAAGUACUGCAACUUCAAAGAUUUUUGUUCUGUAUCUUCAUUUCAAGAUAGUGCCUAUCACGAGUUAAAAUCUUCCAGCUUUGAUAAUACAGAUGAAGAAGUUUUUGGAAAAAAAGAUACAGGUCCAACAUUAAUCCAUGAGUACCCUGAAACUUCACGCCUGAUCUUACCAUAUCCUUCAGAGUCUCUCACUCCACAAAAGAGAUCUGUCUUCUCUAGGAAGGAAAAGGAUAGAAGCCCAGAACUUUGUGAAACACCUAAAGUCAGUGGGAAAAAAUGUUUACCACGCAGAAGGUUGAAUGUAUCUUUCUCCUUUCUAAAGGGGGACUUUGAAUCACAGAAUAGUUCUCUAGAAACUAGUGUAAGUCAAGUUCAAAAUUUAGAAAAAAAUAUUAUAAGCAGUGCUUCAGAUUUUCCAAGGCAAAAUAAUUUUAGCUCUUUAGUUACGAGGACUUUAAAAACAGAAGAAGUGACUUUGAGCAGUCAAAAAUUGAGACUUAACUUUUCUCAACAAAAGACUUCCACAAUUGAUAAUUCCAAAGAUGACUGUAAUCUAUUUGACGUUGAAUGUAUAUCUCCAAUUCAGGGCAAUAAUUUUAAAGACUCUAUCAUACAUGACUUUAGCGAUAGCAGUUUGUGCAUUAAUGAUGAGAAUACAUACCCUGAACUCGUCGCCUCUAUUAGUGGAACAACUUGUGGAACAGAUGAAGACAUAUUUGUGACUCCAAUAAGUAAUCUUGUAGCAAAUAUUAAAUUUAAUGCAAGUCAAACAUCUUCUUCAACUGAAGUAAAAGGCAAUAUUUCAACUCCUGAAGACAGUGGUUUUAACUCACUCAGCUUGGAUAAAUCAGAAGAUUCCCUCUCCGACCAAGAAGAUUCUAUUCAAGAACUAGUUCACAAACAUAAGGGAACUCUCAAAGUGGGGGACACCAUAAGAAAGGCAAGGCGUCUUGGAAGGACAAGAAGAUUGUCUACCCUUCGGGAGCAAGGCUCACACUCAGAGACAGAAGAGCAAGAGCAGAGCAUCCAUUCCAACUCUGAACCAAGACCAGCGGCUGCUUCUGACAUAUCAGACAGUUCACUGAGCAGUGAUAAGAGUGGGGAUUUGACUCUAAGCUUUAAGAAUUUAUCCAAGACCCCAGCCUUGCAAUUAGUGCAUGAGCUCUUUAUGAAAAGUAAAAGGAAAAGAUUUCAGCAAAACAGUGCACACGAAUUCUUAGAAGAAAAGGACGGGGGGAAAAUAGCUAUACUGCAGUGUUUACUUGCAGGACUGAUUGGCAAGAAAAUGGGUAUAGAAAAACUAGACAUCUUAACAGAAUUAAAAUACAGAAAUUUACGCCAUAUCCUUGCUAUGGUUUUAGAUUCCUUGACUGCAGAAAGCCUAUGCAGUGUUUGGAAAGUAAGCAGAAAUUGGCGUGAAAUUGUUAUUCAAGAUAAGAGAGCAAAUCGGAGGAGGAAAUUUUACAUCAUACAACUGAAAACAGAUUCUGAGGGGACUGUAUUAAAUGUCGAGGAUGCUGCCACUCGGCUCCAUCUUUUAAAUCGCUCAGCUUUAAGAUCUGUACAAGCACAGGCUAGGCCAUCCAGUUCUCAGAAAGAGCAAGUGUCAACAUUAUCUCCCUGGGGAGAAGUUUUGACACCUCUAGCAAGCUCUUCUGAUACUCACUUAAGUAGUAAACAGGAAGAAUAUGUUAAGGUCGCCAAAACACUUUUUAUUGACGAAGCAAUAAAACCUUGCCCAAGGUGCCAAUCCCCUGCUAAGUACCAGCCAUAUAAGAAAAGGGGAGUGUGUAGCCGCACAGCCUGUGGUUUUGACUUUUGUGUGUUAUGUUUGUGUGCUUAUCAUGGGUCUGAAGAAUGUAGUAGAGGAGCAGCAAAGCCAAGAAGUAGAAAAGAUGCUCUCCCAGGAAGUGCCCAGAGUAAGCGGAACUUAAAACGCCUCUAAAGAGACUAAAUAUAAAAGACUCGCUCCCCCGUGCAGUGUUUUAUUUGUCUGACAUAAAAUUAUGAAUAUUCUGAAUGGAUACAAAUCUUCCCAUAAAUGACAGAUGAUGAUUUAUUUUCUAUUUUGUAUAUAUUAGAAUUCAUGUCAUUGUAUGUUUUCUUUAAAGUGAUGAGUUUUAAAAAAUUUUUAUUUUACUAUGUCAUUUUUACCCAUUUUAAUAACGUGUUUUAAAUAAAGAAUUUUCAAUGUUGU